AUGCGGAUGAUGAGGAAGGCGGUCAUCGCGCUAGGGGUGGUCCUGCUCAUGUCAUGCUUGGGGAUCUUUAGGGUAUGGCCGGGGCUUCGACGCCACCAUGUAGACUCGACAGGUCCCGUGCCCACACCGGCCCCGACUAUUCCCCCAUUCUCGUUCGAAUACCCGGCGGUGGUAGAGAAGAAGACGGUCAGCUCCCAGUUACGGGUCAUGUUCCUCGUGGGAUUGGAAGGCACGGGCCACCACUACUUCUUGAACGUCUUCGACGACGCGUGCACGACGGCCGCGGUGCCGUGCGCCAAUGCGUGCCCAAUCGCAAAGGCCCUCUACCCCAGCCUGGCCACGCCCAGCACCAAGCAGGACUACGAGAGAGCGCGGCGCGAGCUCCGGAGAGAACUGGAGAACCUGGCCGCCUACCCCGCGGAAUUCAUGACGGAAGGGCAGGCGGCCAUCGCUCAAUUCGUGACGUGCCGCUCCAAGUCCGGGAUGAUGUCGUUCCCGAACUUCAACGGCAACGACAAAGCCCUCCAGUACGUGGACUUCCGGCUGCUGGCGGAGGAGGCCGAGAGAGCCGGCGUCGACGUCCGAUUCGUUUACCUCGCCCGAUCGGCCAGGAGCAUCCUCGUCUCGGACACGCAGCACAACCACUACGGGGGGACGUUCAUGAGGGAAUCCCGAGCCCUCAUCAACAACGCAGCGGUGGUAGAGUCCACCUUCCAGGAGCUGGGCCCGGGCUUCGCCACCUGCUUCCGGUACGAGAGCAUGUCCGACCCGGAGCAGACGCACCGCGUGGCGCGCUUCAUCGCUCCCGAUGAGGACACGGCGCAGCGCCUCGAGGGGAAGAUGCUCGAGAACGUCAAGCCGGGGUCGGCGUCGCCGCGGCCGUCCAAUCCGACCAUGGAGUGGACAAAGCAACAGGGACGGCUUCCAAAUGGCGCGAUGAACUAUCACCCGAAAGACCCUAGGUACGGUCCGCAUCGCGCGAAGUACGACGGGAAUCAGUUUCUCAACGCGGGUACCGCGGAGCAGGCGGCCGAGCUGGAGGCCGCGGCGGCGGAGGCCGCGGCGGAAGCGGCAACGACGAUCGAGGCGGAAAGGGCGAAAGAAGAGGCCAGAGACAGAGACAGCUGGGACUUGUCGUUCGAGCUCGUUGUCGCGCGACUCCAGCAGAAGCUGGAUAAGAUCGAGGAGAUCGUGUGCACAACGACGGCGACAACGAUGGGCACGAGCGACGGCUCUGCAUGACGCUAUCGUUGACGAAGCGCACAUGUGUGUGUGUGUGUGUGUGUGUGUGUGUGUGUGUGUUUAUCUGCGUCCCCCCCCCCCCCCUCCCAGACGAAGAAGGUUGUAGACCUGGGGGCUCCGUGACGUGUCGAUAGUGAUGAUCGGUGGGGUAGGGUUGAGGCGUGACGUGCUCGUUGCCGUCAGAUUGGAUCGAUAUGGAUCUCAAACGCCUGGAUUUUGUCGCCCGUGUAUUGUUUGCGCACGACGCCUUAGGCCGCAACGAGAGAGGUGCUAUAGGGAGGCGAAUAAUACGCCUCGUUGAUUGCGAGGGUGGGGCAGGGGGCUGGUUGGGAAUGAAUGGUAAGCAAAUAAAGUCUGCCCCCGUGCGUAUUUGGCCUAUUGCGGGAGACUUGCUUGCCCUUCGGGCGAUGGCACGAAGCGCUGCUGGCCACAAAACGAAAAAAUGAGAAACGUUUCUAUUUAGUCAGAAACUCCUCUGGGCUACAUUUGUACCCCAGGUUCUCGGGGGAUAGGGCAAUGAGAGGAUGCUGCUUUCGUCGUUUCGGAAAAAGUGGGGAUGAGUUUUUUGUGAAUUGUUUGCGUGGGGUGCGCGACGGUAAGUUGGUUGUACGUGCGGGCGUGUGUUGUGUGCGCAAGCUCCCGCGGGGGUUUCGGUGUUUUUUGUUGUCUUGUUCUUGUCCUUUUUUCUGCGUUUCCUUUUUUGUACCAGAGUUAUGUCGUAUCCGGUGACAGCGGCGAAUUGUGUCUUUCUUGGUGCCAGCGUCGUGCCAAAUCCGGUGAACAGGCGGAUUGCGUGCCUGUUUGCCUUGCGCCAUCCCCCCCUACGAGCGCGUUCGUCCCCGUGGGCGUGAACCCAUUUUGAUCCCCCGCGUGUACGAGUUUUCGUAAGGAAUUCCUUAAGAAAACUCUUAAAGAAAGUUCUUAGAAGCGCUCGAGGGGCUCUUCCUUGAUGCUUAUGCGUACAAGAGCACAGAAACCUCUGUUGGUCGUACGAAGGGUUCGUCGAACGAUUGGGAUUGUUUGUCGUUGUGAAAUCGACGGCGCCGUGGCUCAGUGUAGGACCCAACCGGGCGCGGUCACGCUAGGGCUAUUCAUUCAGUGCGUGGAGGGAAUUUUUGUUCCCCUAUCCUGUAAAGGAAGGCUUUUCCCCCUCACCUGUAAAUGUCAAAGUGUCUGUGUUGUUAAUUAAUUUUGCUUCUGCCAGAUAGCGUUGUUCGCGCGUAAUGUGGAGGACCCUCGUCGUUUGAAUAGCCCACCGGGUGGUUUCAACGAAGAAUGGGGCAUUGGCCGGGAAAAAAGGGGUACGGGGUUGGAGUAAGCGAAGGGGGGGGGCGCGAAGCCGCCGCCACCCAGAACCCGGUUUUCCAAGUCCAAAUAGACAGGGAACGUAGGUAUUUCGGCCGGUUUGCGUCCGAAAGAAAACUUUUUCAUCGCUGUUGAUGCUCCCGUUUUCCUCGAUAAAGCACGGGGGCGAGAGUACCAGCGUGACUAGGAAUGUUGAAAGUGCUUUUGCCAUCAUCCGUUCCUUGUUGGAAAGGAGUAGUGGCUUCCUUGUUGAGAAGAAGCGAUGGCGAGGAAAGGUAGAGAGACAAGGGAAUACAUACACGGAAUCAACAUUAUCCGAGCGAUUCUCUUGGGCAAAUUGGUAAGCGUGUUCCGGAGAGAGCACUUCGGACCCCGGGAAGAGUAACAUUGGGUGCCUGCCGUUCCUAGUAGUGUAGUUGCCCUUCCUUGUCUUUGCCACCGUGCACCAGGGGGAUCGUUUGUCCGCUGUUGUACUGCUAGGGGUAGCCUUCUGACCGUGAACGGCAUCAGCAGUGUCUAUCGCAGACACCUGUUGUGUAGGACACGCGUGUGUACUAGUAGGCCGGGGCAACAACGCCAAGGUACAAGACAAAGGAGCCCGUAAUCAGUAAGGCGGGCUUCUGUUUUCGCGAGGAAGGUUGGGGACGAGACACAGCCCAGCGGUAGUCAUGAGUGUGUAUCCCGGUGUCUUAGCAACUGCUACUACAGCAACGUGGUGCUUGUGUGUUGGCACCGUCAGGUCGUUUUGGACGGGAUACGCACUUCCCAAGAAUAGGUCGUAUGUCAUGUGGCGAAGGAGGUGGUCUGAUGUGGACCCUCGGCACGGCGUGUCGUCUUAAACUUGGUAGACGUUUUUUUUUUUUGUUGAAUGGUGUUGUAUGAUUAUUGCAACGUAGCUCGGGGGGAGCCCUGUGAACACGCAAAGGCGGAACACUGCCGGGUGCAGCGCGCCUGAAUUAGAAGUACUGCUGUGUGACGCGACAGCAGCUGGAAAGAAGCUGGCGUGUAGGGCGUUCGUUCGUUCGUUCGUUAGUUCGUUCGUUCUGGUGGCGGCGCAUGCUCUGAAUCGCACGACAUGAGUAACAUUAGAAGCAUACAAUCGUG